AUGGAGAUGCAAGAAAUCCCUGGAGAGGAGGAAAGAGUGGUGGAAAUGGAUGAGGGUCAGAGAAUGCUGGAGACCUCAGUUAAAGAAAGAGAACAUCUUCAUUACCAAACUUGAGCUAAUAGGGUACAUUUGCAACACUUUCCUCAGAAUACAUCAGCAUAUUUUCAUUUCUCUUACUGUAGGUUCAAUCCUUUAAAAAACGUCUUAGGCUAUAUGGUAUUUUGUGUUAUGUUCUGAGAAGAUUAAUUGGGUCCAAAGCUUCCACAUAACCUAUAUGUGUGUCUGCCUGUCUGUCAAUCGAGGAAGCUGAAUCUACAGUCUACUCCAAACGGAAUAAUCCAUUGGAGGACAUUUAUGCUGAAGCUUCUCCUGGCCAGCCCUCUGCCAGAGACAGAACAGGCACAGGUGGCUACAGCACUGUUAUUAUAUUAUUAAUCAAAUGUAAUCAAUUAAAUAUAUUUUAUAAAUCCCUUUUUACAUAAGCAGAUGUUACAAAGUGCUUUACAGAUACCUGGCCUAAACCCCAAAGAUUGUGUGUGUGAGAGAGAGAAACAUAGCGGUCAGCGCUACAGUGUAAGUAUAGUUUUCCCAGUUCCGAAUUUUGAUUACGGACACAUUUCCUUGGUCUAGCCUACUAUUAAUGUUGUGUGUGGUGUGCAGCUUGCAGUUUGCAUCUGCAUGUCUGGACUGUUGAGUAGGUCAUUAAUUGCCAACUCUUGUAAGGCACGUUAUAGGUGAGGUGAGGUUGUUAUAGCGAAAACAGAAUGUUAAUGUUCCAAAAUGUCCAUAUAACAGGAUUUCUAUACUUCUGACAUGGAAACAUGAAAUAAUGGGGUGAAAAUGUCUAGUUUUAGGGGAGAAUAUUAUCUAGCUUGUAACAUAAUUAAAGUCAUCUGACGGGAAUGGACCUGUUUGUCUGUCUCACAAUCAAGGCUGAGACAUGACAAUAACAGACCUCCAAGCAGAAGCCCAAUCUGUUGUUGAAAAACACAGCAAGGCUGGAUUGACAUCUCCCCAAGGACUAGAUAUCUCUCCAGACAGUUAUUCAGAACUCUGUCUCUAUCACACACGCAGAGAUAGAGAGAUAGAGAGUAGCAGCAGCAGCCAAAAUGAUUUUGGGACAGACUGAGUAUUGUGUUACAGUAAUUAAUUAUAAAUCUAAAAAGGGAACCUUGUUAUAGAGACGGAGAGGGAUUUAUUUUCAACCACAGCGCAUUCAGCCUUCAGAGUACUUUACAGUCGCAGAGUGUGGGUCAGGAACAGCAGCAAUGUAUAUCACAUUUUGCCGUAUUGUAGGAAGUGGAGGGUAUGCCAAAUUUCCAGAUGAGGCAAACACAAAGUUAUCGGUUGAAGUGAAGGAACAGCAAGAGAAAGGUAGGCAGGAUUUCAAUUGUUGCUCCUAGUGAUUGCUUAUAAAAAUGUCUGAUGAUGCCAGAUAAGGCUAUAUAACAAAGCCAGGGCCGUCCACACCAAGAACGAUACCUAUAACGAACUAUAACAUAAAACAAUUCAAAUCGUUCUAAUUCAAGUGAACAGGAGCGUUCACACUACAACGAUAACUACAAAAUGAGAUCAUUGGCUUUGAUCGAUUUGUUGGCAGGUAUUGGCUCUCUUUUGGAUGCCAUGUCAAUGCCUUUUUCAUCCAGCAAGAUAAACUAGCUAGCACUUCCUUCUACUCAGCUGAUCUAGCCCAAAACUGUAAAUAAUGACGUGGCCACCUUGCCAUUGUCUGAAAAACCACAACAGUAGGCUACAGUAGUUGCCUGUUAUAGAAACAAGGCUAUGCAUAAUUCAAUUUCAACCUGUAGCUAUCAUGAUCAUACAUUUUAGUUAGCGUUACCUUGGCUAUCACAUGAUGUUUGUAAACAAGCUGUGUCGAUAAUUUACAAUGAGGGAAAAAAGUAUUUGAUCCCCUGCUGAUUUUGUACGUUUGCCCACUGACAAAUGAUCAGUCUAUAAUUUUUAUGGUAGGUUUAUUUGAACAGUGAGAGACAGAAUAACAACAACAAAUCCAGAAAAACGCAUGUCAAAAAUGUUAUAAAUUGAUUUGCAUUUUAAUGAGGGAAAUAAGUAUUUGACCCCCUCUCAAUCAGAAAGAUUUCUGGCUCCCAGGUGUCUUUUAUACAGGUAACGAGCUGAGAUUAGGAGCACACUCUUAAAGGGAGUGCUCCUAAUCUCAGUUUGUUACCUGUAUAAAAGACACCUGUCCACAGAAGCAAUCAAUCAAUCAGAUUCCAAACUCUCCACCAUGGCCAAGACCAAAGAGCUCUCCAAGGAUGUCAGGGACAAGAUUGUAGACCUACACAAGGCUGGAAUGGGCUACAAGACCAUCGCCAAGCAGCUUGGUGAGAAGGUGACAACAGUUGGUGCGAUUAUUCGCAAAUGGAAGAAACACAAAAGAACUGUCAAUCUCCCUCGGCCUGGGGCUCCAUGCAAGACAUCAUACAGUAGCCAAUCUGACUCUCCCUGACCAGUUUGCUUUUGUGUACCUGAUCCAUCUACGGUGCACAUGCUGUUGUUGUUAUGUCAUCAUGGUCUUGUGUACCUGAUCCAUCUACGGUGCACAUGCUGUUGUUGUUAUGUCAUCAUGGUCUUGUGUACCUUGAUAUCAGGACAGGGUGGUAUUUACAGCUGAUAAGUGGCUCCAGGCUUCACAUACAGCCAGAACUGGUUAGGCUAUAUUUUAGUUUUAAAUUGACUAUACACAUAAGAAUAGAAGUCGUUUGAAGAACGUCAGUUAACAUAUUUUGUCUUGCAUUAUUAUAUGCUCAACUGCAUGUAACAACAAUAUACAGAUACAGUGAUGUUACAAUAAUUACAGUGCAUCCAUAUAUGAUGUAUUAUCACAUGUUGACCACUGUUGACCCGUCCCUGUGUGUCUCUGUAGAUGGACAGUCAGUACCAGCGCUCUGUACCACUGGAGGUGAGGAGGGCAGAGGGUGAGAGGGUGCGAGCCAAGCAUCCCGACAAGAUACCGGUAAGUGUCAACAGAAUAACUACCACUAGUGUUAGAUGGCUUCCUUUCCUUAACUCCUUUCUCUUAUGACCAUUGGCCACUAAUCUGAAAGGACAUCACACUCAUUAUAUGAUUGUGAAUUAAUUUCCAGGGCCUAAAAACCCUAUCCAUCCCUUUUAUCAGCUGGUAAGUGAUCCUGGCAUAGGAUGAAGGGAAAGGAAGCUAGUAAGGUGUUAUUAAGGUCAGAUAGGGUUUAAUACAUGGAUGUUAGCCUUGCAUGCUAAGUUUCUUGGCUCCAGUUGAAUGGGACAUGAUGGUGCAGUGUGUAAUUACUGACUAAGUUCUGUGUUCCAUCCUAAACCAGAUCAUCGUGGAGAGGGCUGCCAGGUCGAGAGCUCCUGACUUGGACAAGAAGAAGUACCUCGUGCCCUCUGACCUCACAGGUGAAACUGAUGAGAUGUCUCUCUUUCUCACAAUGAUUUCCUCUCUCCCAACUCAUGACCUUGUUCUCACCCUCUUCCCUUCCCUCUCUCCCUUCCCUCUCUCCCUUCCCUCCACUAUUGCGCCACUCUUCCUCUUCUUUUCAAAUGAAAGUCUAGAUAAUGUGUUAGUUUUGUUCUGUAAGUCCCUGUCUGACCAUCUCGCUCUCUCUCUUUUUCUCUCUCAGUGGGUCAACUGUGCUUCCUGAUCCGACAGCGUGUGUCUAUGAGACCUGAGGAAGCUCUCUUCUUUUUCGUCAACAACUCCCUUCCCCCAUCCAGUUCUCCUCUCUCUGCUGUCUAUGAGGUAAACACACACUCACACCGACGCAACCUUUUAUCCAACCCCCAUGACCCCCUAACGCCAGAUGCCAGGGUUUCUCUCACUGUCAGUGACAUGACAUAACUCCAUUACAUUGAGAUUGUGCUGAGCGGGUUUUGCCUAUGUUAUAAACAAAUACAAUUAAAAUAAAAUGUUUUAAUCAAUGUACAUACUUCAGUUAUUAUCAACAGUUCUGCUUUGGCCAUUUUAAAUCCUUAUUUCUGUCCCUGUCCUACCCGGUCCCUCACAGGAGCACCAUGAAGAGGACCUGUUCCUAUACAUGACCUACAGUAAUGAGAGCGUCUACGGUGCCUGAGAAGGGACAAAAAGGAGGAAAGCGAGAGAGAGAGAGAGAGACAGGAGAUGAAGAGAGGAUAUGGGAGAGAGCUCUUUGUAAUGUUUCACCACUAUUAUUCUAAGUGUUUAGGAGAUGGCUGUGGGGAGGAGAGUUGGUGGGGAGGGUUUGUAUAAGUUUUGUCAGUAUUUUUGGGGUGAUCAUAUUGUGUGUCAGUAUCCUCUCAACCAUGGUAAGGCAUUCUGAAUUUGAAAAAUAAGGGGGGAAUUGGAAAGAGUGGGAGUGAAAAAGAGAUUUGAGUUCAGAUGUGAAAGAAGAGUGUUAAGGGGAAAGCUCUUGAUUUCCAUCUUUCUUUCUCAGCCAGUCAUCUGUAUUUAAUGCAAAUAUUAUUAUUUUUUGUAAAUUAAUAUCAUGGAGUUUUUGUGGAAAAUAAAAUCCAAAAUGCAUGGUUUUCUAGUUCUGCAGUUUGUCAUUUUUUAAACCUUUUUAUUCAGGCAAGGUUGUGUGUGGGAGGGGGAGGGGGCAGAUUUAAGUAUUGUCACAUCACAAACUGUCCCCAUCUCAUCCUCUAUUUUUAAAAGUUGUGAAUGUAAGACAUUUAUUUUUCUUUUGCAGAAGUUCUAAGAUGUUACAUUUGGAUAUACCGUACAAUUAAUUUUGUCAAUCUUAUUUCCCCUAAAUGUCCCAUCUCAAAUAAAUUGCUG